ACUCUAUGCAUUUCGCGACACAGUACAUCGACUGGUUGGAUGCAUUAUAUCAUCUGCUUAUAGUUCCUUAAAUAACUUUCAAUUUUGUAACACGCAACGAAAGGACUGUCAUCGAGCUGAACUUGUUAAUCAUACCUGUAAGACGAUGAGGCCCUAGCUGUACUAAAACAGAAAUUUUUUAAGCCAGAUCCAGAUUUAGAUAUAGCAUCACAGAGACACAAGCUACACCUUGACCCAUUUCCAACAGAAACCUCAGAGCAUUCAGCAACGGAGAUGUCGACGUUAGGAUCAGAUCAGGUUGCUGCGCCGCCUUCCAUGGCAACUGAUGCUGUGUUGGUCAAAUGUACACAACAAAUUCCAGAUUCUGUCCCUAAGGUCAAAGGUUACGAUUUUAACAAGGGUAUUAACUACCAUGAGCUCCUCCAGACAUAUGCUUGCUCAGGAUUUCAAGCCUCCAAUUUUGGAUUAGCUGUAAAAGAAAUUAAUAAGAUGAUUGAUAAGAAGAUGGAACCUAUUCCACUGGAUAGACAAGAGGAGAUCAACUUGAAUCCUGUAGGACGGAAAAGAUCCAACUGUACCAUCUUUCUUAGCUACACCUCCAACCUCAUAUCAUCAGGUGUCAGGGAGGUAUUCAAAUACCUUGUACAGAACAACAUGGUUGAUUGCAUAGUUACCACAGCUGGAGGAAUAGAAGAAGAUUUAAUCAAGUGUUUAGCUCCGACAUACAUAGGAGACUUUAGUCUCAAGGGUAAGGAGCUCAGAGAGAAAGGCAUCAACAGAAUUGGAAACUUGCUUGUACCUAACGACAAUUACGGCCUGUUUGAAGACUGGCUAAUGCCUAAACUGGAUGUCAUGUUGAAGGAACAACAAGAAGAGGGAACUUUGUGGUUUCCAUCCAAAUUUAUUGCUCGACUUGGCAAGGAGAUUGACAACCCAGAUUCUGUCUACUACUGGGCUUACAAGAACAACAUUCCUGUGUUUUGUCCAGCGAUCACUGAUGGAUCUAUCGGAGAUAUGCUUUACUUCCAUUCCUACAGAAAGCCGGGCCUAGUGAUAGAUCUCAUUGAAGAUAUCAGGAGAAUGAACAACCAGGCUGUUUAUUCUAUAAACACAGGAAUGAUCAUCCUUGGAGGAGGUCUCGUCAAACAUCACACCUGUAACGCUAACUUAAUGAGAAAUGGAGCCGAUUUCUCAGUGUAUAUAAAUACAGCCAAUGAGUUUGAUGGUAGUGAUGCUGGAGCCAGUCCUGAUGAGGCAGUGUCCUGGGGCAAGAUAAAGAAAGAUGCGACACCUGUUAAGCUCUGUGCUGAAGCUACUCUGGUGUUUCCACUGCUGGUCGCAGAGACAUUUGCACGCCGAGAGAAGGAGUACCAGUCUCUUCAUCAAAUGGACUAAAAGUGCUGGUGCUUGUUUAUGGCUGUCACUUUACAGACACAGAGACUUUGUCUGGAGAUUACACACAGUAUAUAUGUAUCAGCUGGUUUUGCCAUUUAAAUGAGAAACAUGUUUUACAUACAAAUUAUCAAGUAUGUGACAUUUAAGAUAUGAAACACGUUACAUGCAAGUUAAGAAUAUAGUAUGUAAAAUGUGAAACAUACCACUUACAAGUGAGCUAGGAUAUGGUAUGUAAAAUGUGAAACAUACCACUUACAAGUGAGUUAGGAUAUGGUAUGUAAAAUGUGAAACAUACCACUUAGGAUAUGGUAUGUAAAAUGUGAAACACACCACUUACAAGUGAGUUAGGAUAUGGUAUGUAAAAUGUGAAACAUACCACUUACAAGUGAGUUAGGAUAUGGUAUGUAAAAUGUGAAACACACCACUUACAAGUGAGUUAGGGUAUGGUAUGUAAAAUGUGAAACACACCACUAACAAGUGAGUUAGGAUAUAGUAUGUAAAAUGUGAAACACACCACUGACAAGUGAGUUAGGAUAUAGUAUGUAAAAUGUGAAACACACCACUUACAAGUGAGUUAGGAUAUAGUAUGUAAAAAGUGAAACAUGCUGUGCAAAAGUUAUUUAGAAUACUACAAAUUGACAUUGUGAUACUGAUGUUUCAACUGUUGCUCAGUGAAUAUGGAACAUUGUUGUUAUAUGUAUCAAUGACUUACUGCUAUACAAUGUACUGUUUGUAGACAAGAAUACUCUUUUUCAAGAUCUCCUGUGUUACAAAUUCUACCUUUAGAAUUCAUAUGCAGUCAAUUUUUAACAGCUUUCAAAAUGAAACUGAAUGUACGUUUUGCCUUAAUUACCCUGUGCGUGUCUGUGUUUUACACAUAUCAGAAUUUCAUUCAAUGAUUUAAGGUUCAGGAAAUAUAAAUGUAUUUUAUUCAAAACAAAUUUUAAAUAUCGAUUAAACAAAACGCUGCUACAUGUUAUCAUUUGCUACUUCAUUUUCCAUAAAAGGAGCCGAUUAUAUCUAUACAUGUAUUUUUUUUUAUUUCAAACUACGACAUUUAGCAAUUUUGUUGUUUGAUAUAAUCAUUGUUACUUCAUGUAUCAGUGAAGCAGUUCAUAUAUUAAUUGGGUGAUUUAAGGGGUAUAAUAUUUUAAUUGGGUGAUUUAAGGGGUAUAAUAUUUUAAUUGGGUGAUUUAAGGGGUAUAAUAUUUUAAUUGGGUGAUUUAAGGGGUAUAAUAUUGUAAUUGGGUGAUUUAAGGGGUAUAAUAUUGUAAUUGGGUGAUUUAAGGGGUAUGAUAUUUUAAUUGGGUGAUUUAAGGGGUAUGAUAUUUUAAUUGGGUGAUUUAAGGGGUAUAAUAUUUUAAUUGGGUGAUUUAAGGGGUAUAAUAUUUUAAUUGGGUGAUUUAAGGGGUAUAAUAUUUUAAUUGGGUGAUUUAAGGGGUAUAAUAUUUUAAUUGGGUGAUUUAAGGGGUAUAAUAUUGUAAUUGGGUGAUUUAAGGGGUAUGAUAUUUUAAUUAGGGUGAUUUAAGGGGUAAGAUAUCCAUUUGAUUAUAGCUCAUCAAAGAGAAUUUUCUCUUUGACUACAGAAAAUACUUUCACAUGCUACUAACUUACAUGAAUUUCUUGAUGGAAACAAAAUCACAAAUUAUACUACAUACAUGUGACAGAAAUUGAUGCAAACUUUGUUUUUAGUGUGGUGAACAGCAAUUGAUGCUAACUUUGUUUUUAGUGUGGUGAACAGAAAUUGAUAUGAACUUUUGUUAUAUAUGAAUAUUGCAAAAGAUUUAAUUACACAAUAAAGUUGGUUUACAGAAUUCAAAAA